GUUCCUCUCAUUACGUUAUCUUCUCCAUAAGAGCCCAGCCCUACCUUCUUCCCCCAUCGCAAUCCUCUCCCCAUCUAAUAGCUCAAAAGCUGUCCUAACCCUAAUUUUCUCUUCGAAAAUCUCUAUCUUUCAACUGAUUUGUCUGCAAUCUCCUCGGAACCCUUGCUGUUAGCCGUUCUCUUUCGAAACCCUAAUUUGCUCAACCAUUGCCUGAUCUUUUGAAUCUCUCUCGAUUUGUCGACAGUUCCAUAAAUCGAAGAUAAUAAAAAUUGUUAGAAAAAUUUUUAAAUUUGGUUCUUAGCUAUAUUUUGUUUUUUGUUUUUUAAAUUUUGUUGAUAUUCAAGAUACUGUGCACUAAAUUGCAGUUUAGCCAACGGAUUUAGAUUUUUGCCCCGUGUUUUUGACUUUUGCAUCAAUUGCGAACCGUUUAAUUGGUCUUGGUGUUAGUGAGAAAUGGUUGGGGGAGGCAGGAGAGAUGAGGGAUCGCUGGUGAUCAAUAACACUAACGUGUUUGCAGCCCUUGAGACUUUGAGGAAGAAGAAGAAGUCUGACAAGGAGCGUGGGACAUCAAAGAGCGGCAAAGGGUCUUCCAAAUCUCAGCAACCUGAACAGCAAAAUAAGGAACCUGAGCCUGAAGUUUUCUGGGCCCCUGCCCCGCUUAAUGCCAAAUCAUGGGCUGAUGUGGAGGAUGAGGAUGAUGACGAUUACUUUGCAACCACUGCUCCACCUCAAGCUGUAUGGGGUUCCUCGGAGCCACAUCAGAGUGAUGAUAAGCCCACCAACAUUGAGGAAAGCGAGAGUGAGGAAGAUAUUUUAGAUGAAGGUGAUGAUGAAGUGGAUGAAGACCAUGACCAUGAACCAGAGGUUCCAAUGCAUUCUGAGCCAGUGGUGAAGAAGCUUCCUGAAGUUAUGGCAGUGCCUAAGGAGACAGAAAGGCAACUUUCAAAGAAGGAAAGGAAGAAGAAGGAACUUGAAGAGCUAGAGGCCCUUUUGGCUGAUUUUGGAGUUAGCCAGAAGGAUAGCAAUGGCCCAGAUCAGUCGCGUGAUGCUGCUCAAGAAAGAAAAGAUGCAGAGCACAAUGCAGAGGGCGAAAAGAAGGAAAGUGCCUCUGGAGAGUCCAAAACUGCCAAGAAGAAGAAAAAGAAGGAUAAAUCAAAGGAGGUGAAAGAACCCCAGGAUCAGUUGAACAGUACUGAAGCCAACAAUGGGGCAGAAGAAGCUCUUGGAACUGAACAGGUAGAAGAUUCUUCUGCCGUUGAUGUGAAGGAGCGGCUAAAGAGAAUGACAUCUGCUAAGAAGAAAAAAUCUAGUAAAGAGAUGGAUAAUGCUGCAAAAGCUGCUGCUCAAGAGGCUGCUGCAAGAAGCGCAAAGCUUGCUGCAGCCAAGAAGAAAGAGAAGAACCAUUACAACCAACAGCCAGUGCGGUAAAUAGCCCCCUUUUGUUUCACCACAUAUAUGAACAUGUAUUUCUCGCUGUUCAUAUGACAAUGUGAAAUAAAUAGCACACCUGGUCUCUGGCUUCGAAAAAGAUGACUUUCUGAUGUACUGCCAUGGACUAAAGAAAGUUUCCCCUUCGGCGUUUUGGAUCUUUAUUGUUGCUUGGUUGUCAUGGAGAACAUAGGUUUGGCAGUUUUGUUAAUUGAAAAUUCUUCUUUGGACAGUGAUUGGACUUGAGUUUUUGUGUAUUGUAGUUUUUUCAACAUCAUGUUCUCUUAUUUAGCACCAUUGAUGGUUGAACCUCAUAUUGGAGGGUUUGCAGUUCAUUUCAAUAUUUUCAUUCAA